AUGACGAUGCACAUUUUCACAUUUCUAACACUCUUUGCCAGUGCAAAGGCAGCAUCCGCCGCUUGCUCUGGUCCUCUUGUCAUUGACAACUUCUCCAACUGGUCGUCCAACUCCGAUAGUUUGAACGAUUACGUCCUGAGCACAUCUUAUAUCUCGAAGCCUCGCUUUACUUCCGGCUCUUCACUCUUACUGAUAUACGUCGAUGACGGUACCAUGACUUCAGCAAGGGUUGCCAACGGCAAGUUGUCUGUGAUGCCUGAUGCCAACUCAUACUUCUACGAGACAUUCGCGUGUCAAGCCGCCUCGUCCAAUGGCUACAACGCUCUAAAUUUCCCUGUCAAGGGUCCUGCUGGAGGUUCCUCCACACUCGAAAUUCAGACUAAGAGCGCAUGUUCUGCCAAGGCCUACCAGAGCUACUUCUACUACGUAUCCGACUUGACAAGCAUAACUCAGACCGUCACUGUGCCUCUGUCUUCGUUCACUGGUGCCAACUCCAAUGCUAUCACCAGCUUUUUCGGUGAGAUCCAAUUCACGUGCGACUCUGCCACUGGCUCUGGUCCUACAUCUGGGUCUAGCGGCGUCACCUCCCGAGCCACUUCUCUCUUGACCGUGCCUAGCAGUGCUCCAGCUCCUACCGGUCAAUGUACCAAUCUUCUGAUUGAUGACUGGACUUCCAAAUCUCGUUUGGCCAACGCCAUGCUGAAUCCCAGCUCAGAUGACGGAACUAUGGCAUCUAUUGUCGUCAACUCCACCAAGAAUAGAGUGACCUACAUUCUCAAGGAUGACAGCAGCUACUUCUACACACAGCUUGGUUGUACUAAUGCCAAAGACCCCUUCGGCGGUAUCUCGAUGCGACUUAGUGCUCCUGCAGGGACAAGACUUUCUGUCGAGCUCGACUCUGGAUGCAAUGGCGAGAGCGACAAGCAGACGACCCUUUCAAGCAGCGACCUUGGUAUCGCUUUCAGCAAGUUCGAUGGUCUCGACAUCUCAAAAGUCGCAACACUGCUGUUCUCCCAGCUGACUUCGCCUGUCACUUUUGGUCCUGUGGCUUUUUACUGUGGCAACAUUCCCACAGAAUACAUUCCCAGCAACUCCAGCGCUCCUAAUGGUUCCACCUCGAUGGUUCCGGCACCAGCCGCCACAAGAUCUGCGCUUGUCAUUGAAUUGUUUGGCAACCCAGAAAGCAAUGCACUUGGCAAUUGGCAUGGUGCUGACGAAGGCAUGGCUUUGACUUGGGGUUCCAACAGAUUGACCAUCCAGUCCAACAACGCAGACUAUGCUUUCUACACUCAACUCUCGGGUAGUUGUCGCGACAUGACUAUGUACGAUAGAAGCUAUCUCCACAUCGCCUAUACCGGCUCUACUGCCUUCACUAUCACUCUGCAGCAACACAACUCCGCCUGCGACGAAGCCAUAGCGCCAUAUCCUGAGACAUGGGACUCUCUUGAGGCUGCUCGUUAUGCCACUGCCACUGCCACAGCCAUUUAUAUCCCCAUGAACCAUUUCAACAUCAACACAAGUCGUGCUAUCAGCUCUGCUAUCAAAGGAUUCUACAAAGCUGAUCCUUUUACUCUGACCAAGAUUGAGAUUUACAAGUCUGUUCCAGCGAGCUUCGAAGUGCCCAACAAGCUGCCAUCUAGCAACCUCAUCUUCGCAUGUAAAAAACCCAACAGUUUCGCUUUUGCCAUCGACGACGGUUCUCCGGAGUACGUACAAGAAGUCCUCAGUAUCAUCAAGGAGGAAAACAUCAAAGUUACUCUCUUCACUGUCGGCGCACCUCUCCUGCGCUUGGCUGUGGCUACUGGGUCUGAUGAACCAUACAUUGUCAACUUGAGCGUUAAUGUCAAGGACUGGCCGUGGGCUGAGACAGAAACGCCAGAGAAGCAACUCGAUGCCUUUAAGCGCGAUGUCGCAAAAGGAGGGAACCUGGUUGUUAUGCAAUACUUGUACCCAAGUACUGUGGGCUACCUUCGCCAGUUUAUCCAGAUAGCCAAGGCGACGGGUAAGCAGUUGCUGCGUGUUGAUCAGUGUAUAAAGGAUCCUGCUGCACCUCCGUUGUGA